CUCCUGCUAUGUCUGUGUGAUCUGACUCGUCAACAAGCAAUCCCGGAACCGGACCGGUUGGCGCCGCCAUGAGGAAAGGAACGGGCUGCGGCAUGAGGUCGGCGGUGGGUUUCCUGUCACAGAGGGGGCUACACGGAGACCCCCUCCUGAAGGAAGACUUCCAGAGAAGGAGGCUGCAGGCCUGUAGGAACCUGUACAAGAAGGACCUGCUCGGCCACUACGGCUGUGUCAAUGCCAUCGAGUUCUCUAACAACGGGGGGCACAUGCUGGUGUCAGGUGGAGAUGACCGCCGUGUGUUGCUGUGGCACAUGGAGGAAGCCAUCCAUUCCAAAGCGAAACCCCUCCAACUGAAAGGAGAGCACCACUCUAAUAUAUUUUGCCUGGCUUUCAACAGCUGCAAUACCAGGGUAUUUUCUGGAGGCAAUGAUGAGCAAGUUAUUCUUCAUGAUGUGGAGAGUGGUGAAACCAUGGAUGUUUUUGCUCACGAGGAGGCGGUUUAUGGUCUUUCAGUCAGUCCUGUCAAUGACAAUGUCUUUGCUAGUUCUUCUGAUGAUGGAAGAGUGCUCAUCUGGGAUAUAAGGGAGUCUACUCAAGGAGAUCCUUUCUGCUUGGCACACUAUCCGUCGGCAUUCCACAGUGUUAUGUUUAAUCCAGUGGAGCCCAGACUGCUGGCCACAGCCAAUUCAAAAGAGGGAGUUGGACUUUGGGAUAUCCGAAAGCCACACAGCUCUCUGCUACGUUACGGUGGGAAUCUCUCCUUGCAAAGUGCGAUGAGUGUCCGAUUCAAUAGCAACGGGACUCAGCUUCUGGCCCUGAGGCGCCGCCUGCCACCUGUCCUGUACGACAUUCACUCACGCCUACCCAUUUUUCAGUUUGACAACCAAGGUUACUUCAACUCCUGCACUAUGAAGAGUUGCUGCUUCGCAGGGGACCGUGACCAGUAUAUUCUCUCUGGCUCUGACGAUUUUAACCUGUACAUGUGGAGAAUCCCAACCAAUCCAGAAGCAGAUGGAGCAGGCAGAGUGGUCAAUGGUGCUUUCAUGAUUCUAAAAGGACACCGUUCAAUUGUCAAUCAAGUGCGAUUCAACCCCGACAACUACAUGAUCUGCUCUUCUGGAGUUGAGAAGAUCAUAAAGAUUUGGAGCCCCUACAAGCAACCCAGCUGCAAUGGAGAUCUUGAGGGGCAAGUUGAUGAUGAUUCACGUUGCUUAUACACACAUGAGGAGUAUAUUGGUCUUGUUCUUAACAGUGGAAGUGGUUUGUCACAUGAUUAUGCCAAUCAGUCAGUGCAAGAGGACCCAAGAAUGAUGGCUUUCUUUGAUUCCCUGGUGAGGAGAGAGAUAGAGGGAUGGAGUUCUGAUUCUGACAGCGACAGUACAAUUCUGCAGCUUCACCCUGGCGUCAGUGAGCGUUCUGCUUAUAGUGAUUCUGUAUCUUCAACCUCUUUACCACCCUCACCAGUUGCCACACCAGGAGAAUCUGAUGAGGCCGCCACUGCUGGAGACUCACAGAGAUCUGCAGAGUCUCCUCCAACAAGGUCUGAGUUUUCUCCACACCAGUUGAGAAUGUUAGCAUUGAGGAAGUACCAGGAUAAACGUCUGGCCACAAUGUCCAACAAUACAGAUUCUGAUGAUAAUGCAACUGAGACAGAAGCCGAAACCGAGCCAUUUUCUCGUCCUCGCUCUCCAAGUCCUGAGGAAGAAAGAUCCAGCAGCAGUGAUGAAGAAAACAACCUUAACGAUCGCCGAGCCACAAUGAGGCAACGUAAUGCAAUGAGACAUCAACAGAAAAUACCCAGUGAGAAAAAGGCUGAAGCAAAAUCUCAAAGCACCCCUGUAGUUGUUGGAGAAGAUGUGUAUGACUAUCCACAUAUUACAGUGGAUGACCAGUCAACAUCUGCAGAGUCUUCCCCUGAAAGAAGGAGCCCCAGUGGAGUAGAACGUAAAUCCUCACUCUGUUCAGAGAUUGAUUCUGUAGAGAGGAAGAUCUAUAAAGCAUACAAAUGGCUACAGUAUUCUUAUAUAUCAUAUUCUAAAGGUAAGGAAGGAGAAUCCUCCCACAAUGGGGGAGAAAGUGAGGAUGUAAGGCCAGGUACUAGUGGGAGGAGCAGUGUUUUGCCACCUUUAUUAGAAACUGAAAGCUCAAAUGAAAUCACUUCACAAGAUAGCAAAACUCCUCCAUCAGAAGGUCUACACAAUCAGUCUCUCCAGAAAGACUCCUUACAAGAAAGCAGCAGUCCAAGCUACCACAGUGGAAAACCGUUAUGGCUUGAGGAUCUAGAUACAUCUUCCCAUGAUACUGCUUCUGUAGAUUGUCCUUCAGAGACAAAAAAGUUGAAUGGAACUGCUGCCCAUAAAGAGCUCACUGUUUGCUCUGAAGAUUCUUGUGGGCAAUGUGGAAGCAGCAUGACACUGAAAAACAGCCAAAACCAGCAACCAAUAAUAAACCCGGAACCCCCUUUAUCCACAAAAGAGACUCCUGCUUGGUUUAAAUGUAGCAUAGACAAUUGUUUGGGGAGAGGGAAUUCUGAAAUAGAAGGGGAAGAGGCAGAUAUUCCUUGCACUCACCAGAGCAAUGGGCACUUGCAUUCUUUUCCUUCAGUUUCCAGUAGUGAAGGACAGAGCUGUGGAGAACAGACCAUGAACAUUGUCUGCCCACAUACUUAUGCCAAUAUUGACAAUGUCAGCCUGCACCAGGCAGAUUUAACCCUGCAUAAGGAAACAUAUUUUAUGGGAGUCAGCUCCAGUAUGAGCACAAAAGAUGACUUCACAGAUCAAACAGACAAUGGUGAUCACAAACUUCCAAGUGGACUCAAAAGGCACUGGCAAGAGCAUGAGGAAUCUGGUGAUUCUUCACCAGAGAAGAGAAGGAAAACCUAAAAAUUGUUUUCCUUUACCAUAUGUAAGAACUAAAAGUGUCCAGACUUGGUCUGGAAGAUGAAUGGCUGAGUGUAUCUGAGUCUCCAGGCCAUUCAAAAUUUGGCUCUACUGGCCAAAAUUCAGUUUGCACUAAAUAUAAACAUUGCGUCUUCUGAAAAUAUUUUUAUAGGAAUUUCCUUUCUCCUUUCUGAAAUUCAACUAGCCAUUUUCCCAUUAUAGGGUGUUUAUUCUAAGGAGUAAACCAUGGGUGCUUCAUAAAUUACUUUUACUCUGUACCUACCAUACUCUGUGGUUAUCAUCUGAUUGGAGUUUGUUUUGCUGUGCCAUAAAAGUGAUCAGUAACUGGAAAAAGAGUCGUACCAUCACCCUUACAAAAAACACCAAUAUUUUUAUUUGUAUGUAUUGCCAAACCAAAUAAUUUCUGCAAGCAGUGCUUACACUGACUAAACACUUAGCAAGCAACCCAGCAGAUUAAAGAGAAGAGGCUUCUUUCCCUCUUG